CCUAGCGGCCUCCAGAGCUCGGGCCGGGCGAGAGUUGCGAGGCGCGAGGGCCGCGGGACGGCGAGCGAGGAAAUCGGGAAGCGCCCGAGGAGCCCGGCCCGGGCGGCGGUCCUCCGCUCUCCCACCCCCGGGCCCGGGGUCGCGACCGCCCGCGGCCUGGCCGACCCGGCUGCCGCUACCCCAGCUCCGCCCGUCCCCGCCCUCCCGUCCCUCGCGGUCACACACUCGACACAGGCCCGAGCGCGGGGGCCGGGGAGGCAGGUCGCGAGCCGGGCUCCGAAGGCCUCCCGAACGCGAGUCCAGAGGCCACGGCGGGCGCCGGCGGGGCCCGUCCCGAGCCGGCCCGGAGCAGGGGGUCGCAGCACCAGCGGGUCGGCCGGGCCGGCCGCCGCCUGCCCCCGAGUGCGGGCGCGCAGCGGGCACUUCCGGCCUCGGUGACACCCGCCGCGUCGCCAGCACCGCGGCCAACCCGCCGCCGCCGCCGCCCGGUCGCCAUGGCGACGCCGUCGCGCCGAGGCCCGCGCGCCAUCCGGGAGGCCGGGGCGGCCCGCGGAACCGGCAGAGCGGCCCUGGCGCGGCGCGCGGAAGCUCGCAGGCCGGUCGGCGGCGCCGCGCGGCGGGACCAGCGGCUGUCUCAGCAUGGAGAGUGGCAUUGGCCCGGUGUCCACCCCUGGUGGGCUGCCCUACUACUUGGCCUUCUCCCAGCUGCUGGGCCUGACCGUGGUGGCCAUGACGGGUGCUUGGCUGGGUCUGCACCGUGGAGGCAUCGCCUGGGAGGGCACCCUGCAGUUCAACGUGCACCCGCUCUGCAUGGUCAUAGGCCUGAUCUUCCUGCAGGGAGAUGCCCUGCUGGUUUACCGUGUCUUCAGGAAGGAGGCCAAGCGCACCACCAAGGUGCUGCACGGGCUCCUGCACGUCCUUGCGUUCGUCAUCGCCCUGGUGGGCUUGGUGGCGGUGUUCGAUUACCAUAAGAAGAAGGGCUACCCGGAUCUGUACAGCCUGCACAGCUGGUGCGGGAUCCUUGUCUUUGUUCUUUACUUUGUGCAGUGGCUCGUGGGCUUCAGCUUCUUCCUGUUCCCUGGAGCUUCGUUUUCCCUGCGGAGCCGCUACCGCCCUCAGCACGUCUUCUUUGGCGCCACCAUCUUCCUCCUUUCUGUGGGAACAGCCCUACUGGGCCUGAAGGAAGCCCUCCUGUUUAAACUCGGGAGCGAGUACAGCACAUUCGAGCCUGAGGGGGUCCUGGCCAACGUGCUGGGCCUGCUGCUGGCCUGCUUCGGGGUGACUGUGCUCUACAUCUUGGCUCAAGCCGACUGGAAGCGGCCUCCCCAGGCUGAAGAACAAGCCCUGUCCAUGGACUUCAAGACGCUGACGGAAGGAGACAGCCCCGGCUCCCAGUGAAGGCCUGUCCCCAUCUUGUCUCAGGCAGGGGCCUGUUGGGGCAGCGCCCUGUUUCCUGGAGUUCCCAUAGUGUCUUUUUGCUCCCUCCUGCUAAGGCCCCGGGGAGGCUCAGGCAGCAUGGUGGAGCAUGGGUGUAGUGGUGUCUUAGGUGGCUUCUGGGGUUAGGGCUUGUCCUUUGCUUUCCGUCCCUUGCUGUGGCUGCAGAUCCCAGGCAGGUCAUGUGCCCUGUCCCCUUCACAUGCAGAAAGCUUUGGUGGGGGCUUGGGGCUCAGUCCUGGGUGCAGAGCACAGCUUCCUACAGGAGCUGGACAGGCUCCACCCUCCAGGCAGCAGAUGCCUGGGGCGAGGUCCGGGGAAGCUGCCGGCCUCAGGGAUCGAUCUGGAAGAGCUAAGAGCGCUGUUCCGUGUAAUUGAGUUCCAACCAGGAGUCCCUCCAGGAUGAGCCGCAUGUUGUUGAAACUGGCCAGGUCCUUGGCGGUGGAGCAAGUGAUAUUAUGUGCAAAGUAUGCCACUGCUCAGGGUAAGGCUUCCCAGGAGAGGGGAGGGACCAGCCCCUGGGAAGCACUGCCAUGUGGCUAAGGCCCAGCUGCCGUCUUAAGCUUUCCUUGGUUUUUUUUUUUCAUACUGGGGAUUGGACUCAGGGGUGCUCGAACACUGAGCCACAUCCCCAGCCCUAUUUUGUGUUUUAUUUAGAGACAGGGUCUUACUGAGUUGCUUAGCGCCUUGCUUUUGCUGAGGCUGGCUUUGAACUCCUGCUCCUCCUGCCUCAGCCUCUCUAGCCACUGGGAUGACAGGCUGGCAGCCUUCCUGUUCUUAACCCAUGAGCCCCAGGACAGCUUUGAGGGGGAGGGGAGAAACACAUGACCUCAGGCACACUUGCUCUGGCAGUGGAGCAGCGUGCAUGGGAGGCAGGAGAGGCCUCCCGUCCUCUGGCUGCCCCGCAGGCUCCCCCGCACAGUGGACAGCUUGGGAUCUGCGCUGAGAGGCAGCCGGCACACACCUUCCAUUAGCUUUUUGAAACGAAGAGCCUCUGCUGUGGUGUGCUUUGGGCUUGAGCAGCCAGUUCUGUUCUGCAGGAUGAGCCCCCUCCUCCCUCACCGAGGCCCAUCUUUGCAGGAAGUUGGACUGAGGCAGAAUGGGAAGAGUCCCCUGUGGUGUCUGGACCGUGUUCCCACCCCAUAAUGUGUGUUGCGUUGUUAGCUGAGUCACUGUUUGGCUCUGCUCUAGAAAUAAUGUGAUUAGAGCCUCGGGCUGAUGGUUGUUGGCUUUGGGAAGGCCUCUCCUUGUUUUCUGGGCUCUGAGCAGCCUGACAGUUUGAGACAGACACAGUUUACUUAAGUGAGAAAAAUAAUAAAAUUUCUAAACUGACUACAUUUAACAGUUGCCCUUUUCACACCUAGAUGCUGCCUUAGAGAAAUGGACUGGCUUUAUCUGUUCCUCAGAUUUUUUCUUUUUUGUACCAGGGGUUGAGCCCAGAGGCACUUAACCAAUGAGUCACAUCCCCAGCUCUUUUUAUUUUUUAUUUUGAGACAGGGUCUUGCUAAGUUGCUUAAGGCCUUGCUAAGUUGCUGAGGCUGGCUUUGAACCUGUGAUCCUUCUGCCUCAGCCUCCCCAGUGGGUCAUAAGCAUGAGCCACUGUGCCCAGCUGUUGCUCAGAUUUUUAAUAACUGACUUUUGCUGUGUGUCCUGCUUCUGGUGACAUCACUUCUCCAAGCAGGUAUGUGUGGUCCAGCCCCCUCCCCAGACCUCUUUCCCCAGUUCCUGCCCACAUGCCCUGAUGAUCAUCAGUUGUAUACCCUGCAAGGACAGGGAUCUUAUCAAUUCUAAAAUCACCUGGCACACAUUUGUGGAGUCUAAUGUUUACAUGUAUGAAACUCGUCUUUAGACAAACUACCAAAGUACAACUGAAUCUACAAAGAGAACUGGAGCCUUAGAUCUGGAAUGAGAGUCUGUAAACUGGUCUGUUUGCCAAAGUGUACAUUGGAUGACUAAGGACCAAAGAAGGCCCCCAAGCAGAUGUGUGUGGUUUCUUUUGUUUGCACGUGGCCAGUCUCUUGUGACAUACAGUGUGCUGCUGGUGUAACAGAUGAUUCAAUAAAUGUGUAUAGCAGUCCA